UUUGGUAUUGUCGCUGGCUACACUCUGCUUGCAAACGUAGCUCCUGACUCAGUUUACUGUCAAAUUCUGUUUCAAGUCGUGCGUAAGCGUUAGUCAGGAGAAGGCCGUUUUUAAUGCAAGGGUAGCCUAUAUCAAGCUGAUUCCACUGGUAUCGCUUGUUACCCUGAAACGUUACAAUGACAAACAACAUCGCUUUUAAAACACAGAUCGCUUCCAUCAUGGAGGUCUUGGCCAACGCGGCGGUAGCAGAAAUAUGCAAGCUUCUCGACGACGAUUAUGCGGUGCUUCGUGUGGAAAUUUCGCAAAGUCAUAACGAAAAUAGGACAUUAAAGAGAAAACUGCAAACGUUGGAGCUUAAAAUGGCCAGAGAACGCGCAGAAAGAACAAUACGAGAACGUGUACCGAACGCUCGCAGUGGGGGAAGAACUUCCGUCAUGGAACGAAACAGAGGAUGGAGAGGUGGUGGUAAUUUCGUAAUCAGAGACAGAUUUCUUGCCAGUCAAGGAGAAAGUUCGUGGAGAGGCAGAAGAUGUUUCACAGAGGAUCCACCCACAAAGCGGACCAGUGAAAUGGAAGAGCCCACAGUUAUUGAGCUGGAAGACCCAGUUGUGCAAAUUAAGCAGGAGAUCCCAGAGGCUGUCCUGCACGAACCUGAGGAAACAUCGUGGAAAAGAGUACUGGGCCCUGUCUGUGAUGGAAUGGUCUCGCACACCGUAAAUGCUGAACCUCUGGCGUCACCAGCUGAGCAGACCGGGAGCAGGGAGAAUGUUGUGGAGGCAGUGAAAGCAGAUCUUGACCUACCAUUGUCUAAGAUGGAGGGACGUGACGAGAGACAAGUAGAUGCAGCAUCAUCUUUUAGCCUCACUGGUUUCAAAGAGUCCGAACUCACAAUUAACAACACAAUGUUUACUUCAAGCUCCAGAGAGGAGCUCAGCGUGCCUCCACCGAUGGAACACCGUGCUUUCAGUUCUGUGGUUAAAAUGGAAUUUGAAGACGCCAACUUGUGCGCUGAACUAAACGGACCAAGUACCUCUGCGGGCCAUUGGUCAGGGACAGUUGGUGUGGAAUGGAAUUCUGGUAUGGCAUCUGGGCAGACUGAGGAUCAUGGAAGCACAAGUAACACUUUGGAGUCCUCAGAUAUGUUCAGCACAAUAUCACACAUCAAGAUGGAGAAUCAAGAAGAGACAGAUGUUAAUGGCCUGGGAGUGAACCGGGCAACACAUUUCCCAGCUGAUGUCUUCUCUGCACCAGACCUGCACCAGCAUAGGAGGCAGUGGCUUUCUCGAAAUUUUAAGAAGAGGAUUUCCGAGGACUUUCAGUCUUCAGACACUUCAGAAAUGCCUGUCUCAACAUUUAUGCAAAUAUGCACACGACAGAGGCCUGGAAAAAGGAGAGAAAGAAAGAAGAAUUUGACUUGCCCAAUUUGUGGUAUAGGAAUUCGUUAUCCAGUAGAAAUGAAAAUCCACCAACGGGUUCACACAGGCGAGAAGCCAUACCGCUGCACCAUGUGUCCAGCUCGCUUUGCACAAUCAGGAUGUCUCAAGGUCCAUCUGAGGUGUCACACAGGAGAGAAGCCAUAUGCCUGCCCUCAGUGUGGGAAAUGCUUCUCCCUGUCCAGCACCCUAAAGUCUCACCUGAGGCUUCACACAGGAGAAAAGCCAUUCAGUUGCUUAUACUGUGACAAGAGCUUUGCGUCAAAGAGAUAUCUCCAAAAGCAUCAGAAGAGAGUUCAUACAGGGACCAUGUCUACUAAAGCUAGCCACUGAAUGGUAACAUAUGUCGUACUCUGCUGACAUCGGGAUACAAUUACGCUCAGAUGUAUCUGGCUAGUUAAAACAUUGUGUGCACUGUGCACUGGUGUAAUUCACCUAUUGUAAAGCCCAGCUCCCCUUAGUUACUGUUGUUAACAGUUACUGUUGUUAAUUCCCUUUAGUUACUGUUGUAAGAAUGCCCCAAGAUGCCCCCAGCCUUCUGGGAUUCACAAUUUUAUGCUUCAUACUGUGUUUCAGCCACCAGCCGCCACUGGUUUGCAUCCACCAAACAUCUGUUCAUUGAUUGAGCCUUUGGCUUUAUUUUGUGAAUCCUUUCAUGCCACAUCGAGUUAUUUUUAUUACUUUCCUCAUUGUACCAGAACAAAUGAUAGGCAGCAAGCUGUAUUACAAUUGCAGGAACUAUAUGCAUUUUAAUUCUUUGAAGCAUGGAAUGUAAUAGCUAAUUCGGUAGCACUUUAGAUAAAAUCAGUACCCAUAAAACAUUCAAAACACAUAAAGUAUGCAUAAAUGCCUCAUAAUGAUUGACAUAAGUCUAUAUAACUACUCAUGUAUAGUAAUGACUGAACUUAUGAAGUGUUACAAUGUUAUAGUAGAAGCCCUUAGAGCUGGAGGUAUCAAAAUACCAGUUGCUUCAGGAAUUUGUGAUCUUGUAUUUUCACAAAUUUACAAAAAAAAAAAAAGUAAUCUACAUUAUAUUGUGGUUGAUUUUAUUUAACUCAAAAUCAUCACAAUUUUAACAGCAAUUUUUGAGAAAUCACUUAAGUUCCUUUUGGCCACUAAAAUCACAAAAAACCCUUGCAAGAUCUUGGUGGGAUGACAAUUUUCAGGAAUCCCUGCAGCAAAUAAAAAUGAUUUAAACCUACAUUUUACCUUUUGAUAAUGGCACUGAUGACAUCUUUGCCUUAUUUCAUAAGCUCUUUAUUCAUCAAAUGCUCUUUAUGAAGCCAUAUGUGACCCCAUACAAGCUUUUAUAAUAAUAGUUGUGUAGGGCUUAUACUACAGCAUCAUAACGGUUUAUGAGUGCAUUCAUGUCUAUUUAUAAAUAGUUAUAAAGACUUAUGUCUGACACAACUUGCAUUAUGAAUACUUUAUAAACAUUGAUAAAUGUGUUUAUAAUGCUUUAUGAAUACUGAGUUGAAGUAAAGUGUUUAUAACAGAAAAUGCUUUUAGCUGAUUAAAUGAUGUAUUGUCCGUAGCAUAACUAGUGUUCCAAUGAUUAAAUAUCUUACUCAUCACGUUUUAAAGCUAAUUGUUUAGCAAGGGCACGCUUGUAAUUAUGUCAGCAUGAUUAAACCUCAUUGUUUUGUUCGGUAAA